UAACGCUUCUCUCUCCGCACGCACCAACGCAGGGUCUCACCCGCGCGCGUCUUCGUCCCGGUAUUCCCGUAAACAAAGAUGCCCAGACCACUGCUAACGGCGAGCUUCGGCUCGAGCCUGUGGCUCGCUCUGAUGGUGCAGUCCCUGGUUUCUUCCACAGCUACGUACAAGAGACCGGUCAACGGAGGCAAGCGCCCGGGCUUCCUCGAGCGAACGCUUAUCCUUCUGGAUGUGCACACGCGGGGCCCCGUGAAGGUUCUGAAUGAGAACUUUCUGUCGCUGCAGCUGGACCCCGCGAUCAUCAAGGACGGCUGGCUCGACUUCCUGAGCUCCAGGCGUUUAGUCACUUUGGCUCGUGGGCUGUCUCCAGCGUAUCUGCGGUUCGGAGGGAAGCGAACAGACUUCUUACGCUUCCACAACCUGAAGAACCUCGCCAAGGUCCGCGGGCCUGGGCCCGAUUACUACCUGAAGAACUACGAGGAUGAUAUAGUACGCAGUGACAUUGCUCUGGAUAAGCUGAAAGGCUGCCGGGUAGCAAAUCAUCCGUCUAUGAUGCUGGAGCUCCAGAGGGAGAAGGCAGCACAGAUGCAGCAGACCUUACUGAAGGAGCAGCAGGACAACAUAUACAGCGACAGCACUAUAACAGCCAGGUCUUUAGACAAACUGCACAACUUUGCGGACUGUGCAGGGAUGCAGAUCGUGUUCGGGCUGAACGGGCUCCAGCGGAACCCAGACUGUUCCUGGAACAGCAGCAACGCACUCAGCCUUCUCAAGUACAGCGCCAGCAAGAAGUACAACAUGACAUGGGAACUGGGCAAUGAGCCUAACGGAUACCCUGAGCUGGGUCAUCGUUGUGUGAACGGGAGCUUGCUGGCUCACGACCUUCAGACACUGAGGACGCUGCUGCAGUCCGUCCGCUUCUACAGCCGCACCGGCCUCUACGGACCCAACACGGGUCAACCACGCAAGAACAGCGCUCAGCUACUAGAGGGUUUCCUGAAACAUGCUGGCUCCAUGGUGGAUGUCAUUACCUGGCAACACUACUAUGCAGACCGACGUGUGUCAAAGGUGGAUGAUUUCCUGAAGACGAGACUCCUGGACACUCUAAAUGAACAGAUCAUCAAAGUCCUUAAGAUUGUGGCCACCCAUGCCCCUGCAAAGAAGGUGUGGCUCGGAGGAUUUGGACCAGCAUGGGCGGGGGGGACCAACAACCUCUCAGACACAUUUGCAGCAAGCUUCCUCUGGCUGAACACUCUUGGGAUCUCUGCCCUCCACGGGAUCGAUGUCGUCCUGCGGCACUCUUUCUUCGACUAUGGAUACAGCCACCUAGUGGACCAACACUUCAACCCCCUUCCUGAUUACUGGCUGUCGUUGCUGUUCAAGCGCCUGGUUGGUCAGCGGGUUCUUUCUGUGCAAGUUGCCGGGUUACAGAGAAGGCCCCGCCCAGGAAGAGUCAUCAGAGACAAGCUGCGCAUCUAUGCCCACUGCACCAGCUCACGAAGUCAGAGCUACACCCGCGGCUCCAUCACCAUCUUCAUCAGUAACCUCCACCGCUCCCGCAAGAAGAUCAAGCUGGCAGGGAGCCUCCGCAACAGGACAGUCCAGCAGUACCUACUGCAGCCACUCGGACCUGAGGGCCUGCACUCCAGGUCGAUGCUGUUGAAUGGUGAGCCGCUGCAGUUGCAGGACGACGACUCUCUUCCUGAGCUGAGGCCUCGGACGUUGCGGGCGGGUCGCACCAUCGCCAUGCCGCCCACCUCCAUCGGCUUCUACGUCAUCAAGAACAUCAACGCCUACGCCUGCCGACGAUGA